UCUUGUGUUUCAGUCUGCGCAGAUUUGUCACAUAUCGAAGCACGGUGUUAAUUAUUUUGACAGGAACAAAAACGAGCUCAUAAUGGCCGAAAGCAAGCAGAAUCGGGAUGAUGUUCUCACAUGUUCGAUAUGUAUGGAAAUAUACCGGCAACCGGUAAUACUACCCUGUCAGCACAGUUUUUGUAGGAAAUGCAUUCAUUUGUAUGCUGACAAGUCUAAAUCUGUGCAGACAGAUGAGACCUCUGACAGCACGGGGAGUGAGGACGAUCAUCAGCAGAUAGCAUGCCCUGUGUGUCGGGCAUCGACCAGUCUGGGGAGAGAAGGUGUGGCUGGUCUGCCUCCCAACUUUCACCUGGCGGAAAUUGUGGAGAAGUUCUCUGCUGUAAAGGUUGAGGAUGACGCCCCAUAUUGUUCUCUGUGUGAGGAGGAAAAUCCUGCUAAAGCUGUCAAGUUUUGUACCAACUGUGGUGUGUUCUACUGUCAGGAAUGUCUUGCUAUUUGUCACCCAAUGAGGGGGCCUCUGAAACGUCACCGACUGAUUUCGUCCCUGGAGUACCUCUCCCAGGAAACUUCACAGGGUCAAGUCAGCAGGGACCACCAAUCAACGCAGCAGCAGCAGCCGUCAUGUGCUGGACACGGUCAGCCAUUCGGCUUGUACUGUGUACCAUGCAGGAUGGUGAUCUGUAUGGGGUGUGUGGUUGACCAUCCGAAACACGCUGUGCUAGAUAUAAAAUCAGCAGCUGAGAAUGACAAGCCAGUGGUUUUGAAAAAGAUUAGUGAACUAGAGAAAGUGCUGCAAGAAACUAGAAAAUCACUGUCAAGAGUUAUGAGGCUGCACAAGAAGAUACAGGAAAACCAGGAACUUCACACUCAGGAGGUAGAAAAAGAAUAUGAUGCAGCCUUGGAAGCCUUACAAGCCUGGAGGCAGCACUCCUUAGAUGGUAUAAAAACCCGCUAUUCACAGUGGAAUAUGGAGUGCAGCUCUAUACUUAAACAUCUCCAGCUACAUGCCCAAGAAAUAGAGGGGAUGAUAAAGGCAUGCAAAGAUUUGUUAGGCUCAGAGGACGUCGAGUUUUUACAGGGUUCCACGGGCUUAUCCAAAACAAUUGACGACCAGCUGAAUGAGAUAAGAGCAGAUCUGGAAAAACAUGAGGUCAACAAACAGAAGCUUCUAGAUUUUGUACAAGAUGACGUUGUUGUCCCCAGACACGUGACAGUAAAAGAGACAAUGCAAGAAAGUCAGGACGUAGAAGCAGCAGUCGGUGGACAAAAGUCACACCCACGUGUUACAAAGCCCACGCUGAGAUUCACAGAGACAGACGACAGGAAGCUGAGAAUCACUGACAGCGGCUGUAUGGUAAAGGAUGAGGACUUGUCCAAUAGGUGGAGGAGAGCUGUGACAGACGGGCAUUACCAGACGGGCAGGUACUACUGGGAGAUACACAUCACCUGUUCACCUGGCUGUCACUGUUAUGUAGGAGUUACACAGGAGAGCUGUGAUGUGAGUGAGGAGACAGACCCUGGCUGUAACACCUGGUACAUUGGGAUGAUGUACCGUGGUGAUGAGGUCAAGUGUUUUAGUCACAGUGGUGGUGAGAUCAAACCUGACUAUCGACAGUACAGACUUUACACACGACCUCAUCACCUGGGUGUGUACCUGGACUGUGAUAACCACACCCUGACAGUCCUGGACUGUGACAACAACCAGGAAAUGUACACAGUCAGUGAUGUUAUCGUCACAGAGCCUCUCGUGCCAUGCGUUGAGUUUGAUGUCGGGUCUGGAUCUGUGUCUGUGUCUGCUCGUCUGGUAACGGGUGACUCUGCAACUCUGCCUCCAGUUCUCUGUAAUAUGAUAAGCACUUCCUGACCAUCGGGUAAUUAUUUAUUACAUCUUUUCCAUCAUAUUAUAAUUUGUUGAAAUAGACUUUAAUUAGUUUUUUUUUUAAACAAACUGACCAGUUUGCACAUAGAUAGUUUAGUCAAUGUCAGCAGUGUGGCUAAUUCAUUAUGUAUAGCUUCUUCUGCAAAGUGGUGAGAGAUCUGUUACAAGCUUAUAGCGUCUGUCUGACUUGUCCUGAACAUCAGUGUCAGUUUUCUUCCAGACAAAAUACAUGUAGAUAAUGACUGGGUGGUUUUAUUUUUAGUAAUGGAGGCUUGUAAAUCAGCAUAAUCAGGAGUGUCACUGAGCAAAACAGGUCACAGUUUAUAUGGUCAACAUGGCACCUGUAGAAAUUCUUGUUGUAUUAUAUAACUUUAGAUCCUAUGAAAAAAAUGAAAUGAGAGAAAUAUCCCUUACCUUUUUAGGUUAGACGAGAGCAUUGAUUGUCCUUAGUAAUUAUGUAGUAAAUCUUCGACCUAAAAAUGUAUAUACCCUAUCUUUCGUGUGGCACCAUGCCAUACCUCCACAUCCAGCUUGCACUUUUGUCUACAACAUUCUCAGCUACCAGCUUUCUUUAGCUGCAGUGGCUGAAAGUGAAGUCAUAACAUUUUCUUACCUUGGUAACCUCAAGAGAGAUUGGCAGUAACAAUGGGGAAAAAGUUUUCAGUUCCAUCCCAAACAAAUAAAAUUCUGAUGUAUUUUAUUUAAACGUGUUAGAUGCAAAGUAGCAUAGCAGAAAUUUAUAGUGUAUGAACAACUUAAAUGCCUCUUUGUCAGUUUUAUCCUAUCAGUCGGACUUCAUUUUGGAGGCAAAUCUUGGACCCUGCAUUUCCUUAAAAUGCAACACUUGUUGUCCUUAGAUGCUAAAAUUAUACCACUUCUCCCCAGCUGUGCAGAAGUUAUGAAAAAAUUGCUAGGCCUAUCCCGACUUGUACCUGUAGAAAUGAAUGAAAAAAAAAACAAACAAAUUUUUAUUAUUAUUGUUGCAUCGACAGCACAUUUAAUCAAAUUUCAUCAAAGAUAAGAAACAGAUCAACUUUCAGACCUAUUUUGAAACACAGCAUUAGCAUAUUUAAUGUUGUAAAGUCACUGUGCAUACUACAAAAUUGCACUACAUAAUUAUGCAUUGCUAUACUAAGUGUCAUACAUGUAUGUAGGUAUUUCACAAUAUGUGAUGUAAAUAACUUGCUACGUCUAAUUAUAAACAUCCUGAAACAGUUCUGGUCAAAUAAAUGCAAUCUGACACUCACCUGUGUAAUUGGAAUUUGGAAAGACAAGCCUUAUGUUAAAGUGAGAGGGGGGGAAUUUUGCAUAAAUAGCAGGAUGGGGGCUGGGGUGGAGGUAGAUUGGUUUGGAGUUGUAAUGGUUUGUAAUAACUCAUGGUAAAUAUCCCAAAAGUAGUCCAGUUAAGUUAAGACACUCAUAACUUGACCUUAUCACAAUAAAAGUGAUCAGGCACAAUUGGGUUUUUGGAUUUUUUCUUUGAUUUUCCUUUACUAUUUAUGCAGUAAAUUUGCCAAAUUCAGCCUCAAAAAUAUAUAUCCCGUACUAAACUUUCAUGUUGUACCAUGCCAUACCUGUACAUGGAGUUUGCACUUUUCUCUACCACAUAUCAGAAAUCAACCUUGCAUUAGAGCCAUUUGUAUGAACUGUGGUUGCUGGAGGUGAAGUCAUAACAUCUUCUUAUCUUGGUAGCCUUCAUGGUGUGGGUAGUGAUACUGGGCAGAAGGUUUUUAGUUCUCUCCAAAACAAUUAAAAUUCUGACAUAAUUAAACUGGAAGCAAAAUAGCAGCGCAGAAAUUUAUAGUGUGUCUUUGUGGCAGUUUUAUCCAGUUUUUUCAGUGCCCAUUCAAACUUCAGUUCGGAAGAAAUCUUGGACUCAAUUGCCCGAAUUGGGCUUGUGUAACCUAUAAGGUGUACUAGAGGUAUACUUGAAUCACAUCUGAGGUGUACCAUUCAGGUGUAGCAUAUCUGAAGGUGUGUCUGAGGUACACAUGUACUUGGGGGUGUAGGUCUACAUGUAUGUGAGGUGUAUUGAAGGUGAAUCUGAGGUACUGUGGUUGGUAAAAAGAUGAUGCCUGAGGUGUAUCUGAGGUACAGGUGGAGGUAUAGCUCUGGUGUAUGCUAUUGGCAAGGUGGAUUUACCUGAGUGUAACAUUUAACACACUGUUUUCACUUUUAUUUGGGUAGAGAACAACCCCAACACACUAAGGUAAUGGCUGUAUUAAUAUAGAUAAAUUUAAAUUGUCAGUCUGUAAGUGCUUGCAGUUCUUUGUUUAUGGAAUCUGUAAUUUCCAGCUGAUUUACAACAACAACAGUGAUUUACAUUUACAUGAGGUGCUUGAACAAAGUUUAGUGCUACUCUUUUUCUAUGCACUUUAGAUGUGUGUAUGUGCUCACACUUUACAAAUUCAGCCCCAGGAAGUAUCAGUCAUUGCACAAUUGGGUUCUCCCACAACCUGGAAUAUGUACAUUGUUAAGGACAGCCAUCUUUGAAUAAUCAGGAAAAAAUAUACAUCUAUCCAUGCUCUGUGGUUGGUGAAUAUUUGCAUGCUGAAUGCCAAGUGUGUACUGGCUGAGACAAAGGCUUUGUUUUAUUUGUUUUAUUUAUUUUGUAAACAUUUUCUUUUGGACAUUUGUAAUUUUGUAGUCACCAUUUUGUUUGAAGUAUGAUGCCUGAAUCUGAUCUCUUAUUUUAAAACUUUAAAAAAGUUGCUGAGUUUGCUGCUGAUCACUUAAUUAUGAUAAAAAAACUUUUAAAGUUUCUGAGGUGAAGCUUAGGUACAUCGUCUAACAUGUUCAAGUGUUAAUACUUUUCAAAGUUGCUAAGGUGUAUUUGAGGCAUAUUAUCUCAUGUUCUAUGUUCUUUAGGUAUAUCUGAUGUAUAGACAUAUGGCUGGUGUAAACUUGAGGUACAGUACACCUCAGGUAAUAUAGAUGGGAUGUACAUCUCUAUACCUGGCUCUGAGGUGUAGGUGAGACACACACCCCAUAUACACCUCAUUUAUACCUUACACUGUGAUGUUCACCUCAUGUCUGUAAAGGAUAUAACGUGUCAGUUAAAGUCACCUUUUUCAGCGUAAUCCAACAGGAACCUCUAGUAAAGCGCCCUAUUUCAACACCUUUUUUUUCUAUUUUAAUAGAAGUUUGUUUAGGCAGAAUACACACAAAACAUUUUUUCUGUUAACCUAUCCUGUAAGGUAUGGCUAAUCCCAUGUUCAACAAAGUUUGGUUAGCAUGCCAAUUCGGCGCAAUCCUCUCACAAAUGCUGACAUCCUCUCAAGCUGUAGGUGAGAAGGUCUUGCAGCAACCUGCGGAUGGUUAUGUGUUUUUUCCGGUCUCUGCCCGGUUUCCUCCCACCAUAAUGCUGGCAGCUGUGGUAUAACUAUGUACAGCUUAAACACCAAUCAAAUAACUCAAAUGUUGAUAUCAUUCUUUCGUGUAUGUUUGGCCUUUUUUGAUUUUACUUUGUGUAUUGAAACUUUGCCUUUACUAACACAUUGUCACUACACAUUGUACCUGGCCAUAGUUUGACUAAAUACAUGAAUAGUGUUAUGCAUUAGAGUGUAAACGUGUCACAUGUCUACAGUAUUAAACAUUUUGAGAAGUUUAUGAGAUGUCUACACUCAAUAUAAACAUUUGUUUACUGGAAUAUGUCUUUUUGUUAAUAUAUCCACCCCAUUACUAUGUAAAUAUCGGAUGUGUUUACCAUUAUAAACACAUCUCUUAGUUACGAGACUUUUCUUUUAUGAAUAAAAACUAAUAUUGUAUCAGAAAUGUGUUUAAAAACUAAACUUGUUUUUCAGUAUGUAAGCUAUGUGAGGAAAGAUGUUAAGCAUUUAUAUUAUAAAUUAUAAAUAUUCCCUUUAAACGAGAUUUGCAUGUAAUUGCUGUGAUGUUAGAUAAUAUGCAUUACUGCACAUUGUAUUUACUGCCCAGGUAGAUCCCUGUAAGUAAUACACCGUGUCUGGUGAUUAUAUAUGAUGGCAUUGUGAUAAUUUGGCCCAGUGCAAAUCAUAUGUUUUAGCUGUAUUAUAUGCUCUUCUUAAUACAUGUAUAUACUUUGAUUACAUGUAUGCUGUGUGUCGGUUGUUUAAGGAUUUUGUUCAGAAUAUAGAUUGCGUUUGGCUUGAAAGUGCUUAGUCCGGUGAACUGAUAGGUGUAUAGUUGUUACACCGCUUUUCUUUGGUUUUUCUCUUACAAAUUUGAUGUAAACAAUCUUGUCCACAAUUUUUCUUUCAAAAACCUAAUCAAUUUUUGUUCAAUUGAGCGGUAAUUCUCUUUUAUUGCAUAGGUAUAUGAAUAACUACAACAUGAGCUAUCUCCUUCUUGUGUUUAAGCAGCAUCACCCAGAGCUGUAGAUCUACACGUGCUUAAAGUAUAUUGACAUGUAUAAUAUACACCCUGGCAUUGUCUGCUUGUAAGACACUCACAGCCAACUAGUAAUGACACAUAUCCCUAUUCGUGCUCUACAGAAUGGGUAGAUAGUUCCAUUUUAAGUUAACCUCAAAGACCACCAUUCGUCUCCAAGUUGAUGUGCAGCUCAUGUAUCCAAACGCUUGAUAUGUUGCAAUGUGCGAGUUGCUCAGGGUGUUUUUGCUUCAAAGUCUCCAUACAUGUAGGUUAAAACACACAACAAUAUGUCCAUCUAAAAUCAGCUGGAAAAUCAUCUUUGAUUUUUGCACUUAGCAAAUGUAAAAGUCUGGCUUUGAGUAAUUCUAGACCAUUGACGUAUAAUAAAUUGCAAUUAACAUCACUUCAUUUGUUUUACCUAAUUCUGCUUAAGCCAUGGUGCUAGGGGACAUGUAAAUAGCUACUGUUUAUGCAUUUACAUGAAGAGUUAGAGUAAACCCUUGGCUGAGGUAAAUUGACAAGAGGUUGUAUUUCGCGGGUUAUGUUUGACCAUAUGCCAGCUAUAACACUGUUGUCGCCUCUCUGGUUUGAUUCUCUAUGCUGUCAGUCUUUACAGGCAUGAGAUGUGUCCUCUUUUUGGAGGAAUUCCUCUUUAUUUAUAAAAAAAUACAUCAGAAAAAUGUUCAGAAUUUAAUUUAGAACUGCUAAAAAUGAGAAAAUUGUGAUUUGUAGUUUUCUCUUUUUCAACCCAGUGACUGUCCUCAUCCGUGUCUGUAAGCAUUUUGUACCUGAUUUACUUUAAUAGGCGGUGUCAUCACUAGUACUGUAGCUGUGACAACCUGUGGUCAAGAUUAUGAGGUCAUCUAUCAGAGCAUUGCGCCAUUGCAACUGCUUGCUGUUGUUUUGAUGUCAGUUGUAUUUGUAUUCAUCUACAUGUAUGAUUCAGUGAUAUUUUGCCAUUUUCUGUCCUUUGAGUUCCAACUUCUGAGAAAUGCGAUAAAUAGAAAGAAGUGAUUGUGUAUUAUCUAAUUCUGGUUUAAAUGAUUGAGUUGGUGUCAGUGAAAUGUAAUAAUACACUCGUAAAACCAUGAA